AACUGGUUCCAGACCUCCUCAAUCCAAAUCCCAAAAGGCAAAUCCCAUCCCUGUUCGCAAUUCUCUUUCGCCUCCUUCUCUCUCUAAACAAUAUAUAUAUAAAACCCAAACCCAGCUUUAAUUUUUCAUCUCAACCCUCAGCCAAAGGAUUAGCCAUUAAUUCGUUCUUUCUUGAUCAAUCCGAGUCAUCAUCUUCUUCAAUUCUUCAGUUCGCGAUGAUGGGCGGCGGGGGGUUUGGAGGAGGCAUGGAGGCUUGGGACUUGCAAGCUGUGGUUGGUGCCAGAUGCUGCGGUGGCUCUGCUGUGGUGUGCGAGGAGGACUGCCUUUACCCUCUCUCUUAUUUCGAUUCUUUGAAUUUCCCGACCAGCGCAGCCGGAGAUUACGGGUUGUCGUCGUCAUCGCCGCCGCCGCAAUCGGCUCUUUUCGGCGGUGGGUUUCCCGGAAAUAGUCACGAUCUGUACGUGUUUGACGAAAUGGGGACGGCGCCGGUUGGUUUUUUGGAUGAGUUGGAAGAAGUGUACAAGCCGUUUUACCCAGAUGAAAUGGCUGAGACCGCCACCAAUGUUACUUCGUCUUCCUUAUCUGCAGUUUCCGGCGAAGAAGUAGUUCAAGAGCAGCAGCAGGAGAAGAAGCCGCAGCUUCUGUCUCAAGAUCAUGUUAAUGUUAAUCCUCCUGCUGUUGAUGCAGCUACUGGCUUAGCGGUCGUUCAUGCAGCAAUAAGAACCAAAAAAAGAAAAAAUCAGCAGAAAAAGGUGGUGCAACAGGUAACCUCAGAAGGUCUCUCGUCUGACCCAUGGGCAUGGCGCAAAUACGGGCAAAAACCCAUUAAGGGUUCGCCUUACCCGAGGAGCUACUAUAGGUGCAGCAGCUUAAAGGGUUGUUUGGCAAGGAAGCAAGUGGAACGCAGCCGUUCAGAUCCCGACACGUUCAUCGUGACCUACACCGCCGAGCACAACCACGCUCACCCAGUUCGCCGGAGUACCCUCGCCGGCCGGAACCGGAAGAGGUCCUUCAACCCUAAUACGCCGGCCAGCGGCGCCGACUCAGCUUGCUCUCCAAACUCAAGCGCUGCAGCUGUGGUGUCUCCUUCGAUAUUGGCAGCAUCGGUUGAUGGAAGGAGCAAAACGCAGGAGAUCAUGGGCAGAGAAAAGGAAGACCGAACUUUUGAAGAGAUCAGCGAAGAAAUUAACGAGGAGGAGGAGGAAGACGACGUUUUGAUUUCGGAUAUGAUGAUGUCGAGUACUGAGAAUGAUGGGUUUUUGAUGGAUAUUGAAUUAAACGGAGUGGGUGGGCUGACGUCGUCGUAUUUGGCAUUUGAUAAGUUCUUGCUUGACGGAUUCCCGGAAACUUUUUCUCAGUAACAGAAUCUUUCUCUUUGCAUUAAUGUAAGCUUCUACUUACUGUUAAUUAAGGCCGCUGAGCUAGCUAGCUAGAUUUUCUUUUUCUUUUUCUUUUUCGUUUCUUUUUUGAUUAGAAACUAAUUAAUGAAGAGUUGUAAUCAGGAGAAAUUCUUGCAUGUAAUCGUCAUUAUAUGGUGUAUUAAUUUCAUUUGUGUCCAAUUAAUCACUGCAAUAAGCUAAAUGGAGGCUGGCGGCGACAUGUAAAAAUUUCUCCAGAAUUGAACUCUUUUUGUUUGUA